UUGACAGAACUGCUCCCACGAUCAUGUUUGGUUUUAUCGUUUAUGUACUGCUUUUCAUCUUUUAUUCCUAUGCAGAUGAGACCAUAUGCAAAAAUAAUGUUACUGGAAAGAAUGGGUGCUGUGCAGAUUACUAUAGAACAAACUCAGGUUCAUGCAAACCUUGUAUUGGGUUUUUUGGACAAAAAUGUACUAGACCUUGCUUCUUCGGAUAUUAUGGCCAUGGUUGUCGAAAGACGUGUAAUUGUAGUAGUGACACACAUUGGUGUGAUUCCAAGUCAGGUUGCGUGAAAAAAGAUAGACUGCAAUACCAUGAUCAAAUAUAUAACCUGGAAGAUGGAGAGAUUGAUACAUGUGAAAAUAAUAACGCGUUGGAAAGCUACACGUUAGUUCUUACAGCAGUUGGAUCCAUAUGCGUGGCAUCAGUAUUUUGGAUAAUGUUGGGUUUAUUUUGCAGAUUCCAAUGGUACACGUAUAGAAGUAGACAUGAAAGUGGCAAGGGAACUCGAAAUAUUGAAGAUUGA